AUGAUUUCCAAAAAACAAUUAUUCAGGUGUCAACAGCCAUGUGAAGGUUCCCAAUGUGUAGUAUGGAAAUGGAAUUCGCGAUCAGAACUCGCAAUUAAGCAAGGAUGCCUUCAAGGAGUUGACAAGCAGUGGACAGCUAAAGUUGGAUGUCGUACCAACCACUUGGGUGCUUCUCUUUGCAUUUGCGACGAUGGUCCCCUUUGUAAUCGGGUAGAACGAGCGGAACAAACCACUCGUCCACUUCCACAGAUACGAUUACCAGCUGUCGAAUGCCAGAGCAAGGUGAUCAGUACAGGAUUUGUGGGACCUCGGCGAGAAAAAAUAUGCACUUCCAACUAUUGUCAUGUCACAAAAACCGAAACUUUUGCGGAGGAGAAAAACGAGAACACUGAUAUUUUGAGUGUCUCGAAUUGUGGAGAUUUACCAGAAUUCGAUUUCGAUGUUCGUCUGAAAAACUCCAUCGGCUUCCCGGGUCUCUAUUCAAAUGGUUGCUAUCGUAUCCAAGUGGAAAAACGGUCAGCAAUGGUAGACUGCGUUUGUUCAAAGAACAAAUGCAAUGAAGUGAUUCCGGAAAUAGAGACAGGGCAUAUAGACUCCCAUGAAUUCUGUGACGGUGAUUUUUGUCUGAUUCAAGAUGCUCAUGGACGAGUAUCAAAAGGAUGCAUUUCGUUGAAUGAGAGAAAUAGUUGGAGUCAUUUGAAAAGCGGACAUCGUAGGAUCCUUGGAGUGGAGCAGUGGUUAUGCCAGGCCCAUUUGUGUAACUUCGAUACCGAGCGAGCUAUGAAAUCAGUGAGAAGUAUGCGAGCAGGGAAAACCAAUUCUGGAAACGUCUGGAAUCUAAUGGUCACAUUCAUAAUUAUGUUGUUAGCUUCUUCUUUUUAG